ACCCCCUGGCGCGGUCGCCGUGGAUACUGGCGGGGGGAGGGGUGGGGUUUAGAGGAAGCGGAAGUGUCAGAGCAGGCGGAAGUGGUACUGCCCUGAAUACCCUGAGCAGCGAGCGGAGGACGGCUUGAUUAACUCCCAUCGUUCAGAGAAUAAAAUCGGGAUUUCUAGUACGCGCUAAAUCCUCAAAAUGGAUAAGAACGACCUGGUACAGAAAGCCAAGCUGGCCGAGCAGGCCGAGCGCUACGACGACAUGGCGGCUGCCAUGAAGGCCGUGACGGAGCAGGGCCUGGAGCUCAGCAACGAGGAGCGCAACCUGCUCUCUGUCGCCUACAAGAACGUGGUGGGGGCCCGCCGCUCAUCCUGGCGCGUCAUCUCCAGCAUCGAGCAGAAGACGGAGGGGAACGAGAAGAAACAGCAGAUGGCCCGCGAAUACCGUAUGAAGAUCGAGGCUGAACUCCAAGAAAUCUGCCACGACGUGCUGAAUCUGCUCGACAAAUUCCUCAUUCCCAACGCAUCUCAGGCGGAGAGUAAGGUGUUCUACCUCAAAAUGAAAGGAGACUACUUCAGAUACCUGUCAGAGGUGGCCUCUGGGGACUCAAAGAAGGACACGGUGGACAGCUCUCAGCAGGCCUACCAGAAAGCCUUCGACAUCAGCAAGAAGGACAUGCAGCCAACACACCCCAUCCGGCUGGGCCUGGCCCUCAACUUCUCCGUCUUCUACUACGAAAUCCUCAACUCGCCCGAGCAGGCCUGCACUCUGGCCAAGCAGGCUUUCGACGAGGCGAUCGCCGAGCUCGACACCUUGAACGAGGACUCGUACAAAGACAGCACGCUGAUCAUGCAGCUACUAAGGGACAACCUCACUCUGUGGACAUCAGAAAACCAGGGAGACGAGGGCGAAGCCGGCGACGGGGAGAACUAGAACGCACUUCACUGUUAACCCAUCCCCACUCUCUUCCUCCUCCUCCUCCUUUGAUCUCUCUUCCUCUUUCUUCUCUUCUUCCUGUCUUCAUACACAUAAAACAGCCCGUUCAUUCCCCUCGUCCCACUUUUUCAAGCCCAGCCUCCCGACCUCCCUUCUGUAUAACCAACGGCAUGAAUAGUACCUGACCUUCUGAGACGGAUGGGAAAAGAAAAAAAGGAGAGGGGGGGGGGGGCAAGAGAAAGUACUCCAUCACCCCACGAUCCCUCCAUCCCUCCCUCCCCUUGAUCAUGGCACUCCAAGGCAGGCCAGCAGACUAAACUGGUCCAUGUAGUCUUCUAGCACGCAGGGAGGGUUUUUAUCCAGAACUACAAAAUAAAGCGUCUUUUAGGGCCCACACUUUUUUAAUCUUCCUCCUCCAUUCCUUCCGCUCUUCCCUCCAUCUUCCUAACCCCCACCCUCUAAUGAGUUAAUGCACAUAUAUAGUUGUCCACUACCCCCUCCUCUCUAUUGAGUUAAUGCACUUCUCUAGUCGUCCAACCCUUCUCUUUUGGCUUUUCUUAGUGUACUAGCUGCUGGCUGGUUUUAUUCCACUUUAAACAACACCACCAACAAAAGGUUAUUAAACUGUCUGUUUAUUUUCAACAAACACUGUGAUGCUUAGUUCUUCCUCCACCUUGCCCCGCCAGAUCCUCGUUUUGGUGGCGAGAGCAAGAUUCAGCUGGGCGGGGGGGGGGGGUGGUUUGAGCGGCAGUGCCAUUCUGCUGGCGUUUAUACAGAAGGGUCCUCCUACAAGGCCGUAUUGUGACACUGACGACUCGAAAAACCAGAAGAGCUCCACCCGCUGUGUAAUCAAACACGCUUUUUAGUUUUUAUUCAACGCCGUUCGGCGUCAUUUUCAGUUCGGAGCUAAAAUUAAUUUGGGAACUUAUUUUAAAAAAAAGCAACCGCACACAUUCCAUGUUGGCUUUAGACCGGUGAGGCCAGCUCGGCUCCAUCAGCCCCGCUGGCCCUCAAGGGAAUUCCUUAACAUGAUCAUUUCCCCUCGCGAUUGCUUUUUCCUUCUUUUUUUCUCAUAGUUCCAGUUUUUUGAAAGCUGUAAAAUUGUAAAACGUGUUUAGAGCUUAACUGUAAAUCUCAAAACGGUUGGUUGAUUUUUGUGAACACCUGCUUCGGCUGCUGUUUCACGCCUCGGCAUUUAACACCAGAACAUAUACAUAUAUAGUUUUAUUUUGGUACUUUAUUUCCUCUUCCUCCGCCCUCCUUAUAUAUGAGCCCCUUGAUUGACGUCUACCCCACUCGCUGCUGAGUGGGUCGAUGUGCACGCCGUCAUUCAUCGCCAUGGGGACCGUACCCUCCGUGGGUCGACUCUUCCACUUCCUGCUUCCUCGUUUCCAAAAUAAAAGUGGCAGGAUCGGCUAACUGCCUUUUUAAAAAAAAUCAAAGUUGAGUCCAUGUUAAUUCUUUAACUCAAAUGGGCUAAAAACAUAUUUUUCUUUUGAUUAAUAACUACAAGAAAGGUGUAACCAAAUCCAAGCAAUUUUCAUCCAGUACUUGGUGUAAGUCGAGGCUUUUUUUUUUUUUUUUUUUUUUUUAAUAUUAGGCUUAACCCAGCUGACUCGUUUAAAUGUUCAAUUUCAAAUGAGAGGAAGCUAAGGAAGCGGUGGUUUUGAAGUGUCCCCCUUGGUGUAAAUGUCAGUCCACAACAGGUACGCGAGUCCAAGGAGCCCGAUCUCCCGGCAGCCGAUCAGCCAGUCAUCUGUUUGUGGAAGUGAGAACCUGUAGUUCGGAUCCCGGUUAAUGUAUUCAGGCUAGAGUUCAUGAACACUCAUAAAUGUCGUGGCAACCUUUUUUUUUAGAUGACUGCAUGUAGAAUGGAGAGAACACCCGCUGAGCAGUUACCGGUACAACAUUCAGCUCUGUCCAGAUCGGCUCUUUUACAAUAUGGACAUUUGGACUGCUUGUUAAGACUCUGCCGAUAGCGAGGUACUGUCACGUGUUCGGAACUGAAACUUCGGUUCCGAACUUUGAGAAAUAUCGGACGUCAGCGGACCACGACGCCGACCUGCGAGUCGGCCCCAUUUGAUUUCGCUGAUCCGCUCAGUGUCACAAUAACCUUGGUCACUCGUCACCAUCUCAACAUUCCACUCUUUAGGUGUAGAAAAGUCCCGUCUCAAUGUUUUUCUUUAGCUGGGGACAAAUGUUUUCAUGCACUAAAGUUUAAAAGGUUAAAAAAAAAAA